AUGAACUCUAUUAAGGCUGCCAAUCAAGUACUAACCAGAACCUCCGAAUAUUUGGGCUCUGGUCUUGUCCAACAACAGCCAGCUUGGUAUAAGGCCUUGGCUUUCAACCCCCCAAAGAAUGCAUUCAAUAGACAAGUUCGCCUGGAAAAUCUAGAGAAAAUUAAAUCUGAAGAGAUAUCCACCAUUAGCGAGAUGAAUGAGAAGUUGGCCAACGGAUUCUAUGUAACCAGAGCUAAAGUUUCACAGAAAAACCCUAAGAAACUGUUGAAAGCACAAGCAUUGCAUUUCCUUGAAGAUGAUUUGCGUCUACUGUUUUACAAGCAACACCCUUGGGAACUUGCUGAUGCGAAGAAUUUGGUUGAAAAUGAAUACAACCUAACAAAUGAGAAGUUCGACUGGAGCAGAUUAAGGCAAUAUGGUAAGAAACUGGACGGCGAGAGUGUAGUCCAAAGAACCCUGUACUUAAAAGACGUUGAGAAGUUACCCCUUUUGGAAGCUUACGAAAAGGCAAAAUACGAAUACUAUUCCCUGAAAAUCGAAGAUGAAACAGAAAUGAACAUAGCUAGAGAGGAAAGUGAAAUGUGUGGGGCUGUCUAUCCUUCCAAUGUCAUUGAACAAGGUUUCGAGAAGGAGUCUCAAGUCUUAGCCAAGUGGCAUUCAGACGCUGUCGAGCAGACUAAGAUUCUCGAUGCUAAGUUAAAUAACAACGAUUCAAGUGCUACCUCUUCUUCCGAUACUUCUGCCUCCGUUGGCAAGGAAUUAACUGAGGAUGAAAUCCUCGCAAAGAUUAAAUGA